AUGAAGGUCCUCCUCGGCAAGAACAAGACCUACCGGCUCAUCCCCCGGGAUUGGCCUCCCGUGCACAAGCGCUUCGUCGCCUGGGCCAUGGCCCCCGAGUUGGCGGUCCUCAUCGCCCUGCUCGUCAUCUUUGGCAUCUCCCAGCCCGACAUGUACCGCACCGACAUGUGGCAGAUUGGUUUCGACAAUAAGCUCAACUCGAACCCUAACAUGAUUCUCUACGCAUACGCCAACCACCGCCCGCUGCCCAAGAUUCCGCUCAUAUGGUCGCUCAUGUUGACCAACUUCAAUGUCGCCAUCUCCGUCGUCUCGCUCUUCUUCCUCCUCGCCAAGCUCAUCGCCAACAUCAUGAAGCUCUAUUACCCUGUCGUCGCCGUCGUCGUCAACGUGGCGCUCAUUGCGCUCUACAGCGUCAGCGUCUACGGCCAGGUCGGCCCCGACUAUGCCGACUCGCGGUACCCUGCUCCGGCGGCCUGGUACUUUCGCAAGGGCUGCGGCCUCGCCAAGCCGUACGGCAAGUACCGUGCGUGCCAGAUUGCGCAGGCCUCGCUCGGCGUCACCCUGGUCAUGCUUGUCCUUUACCUGAUCAACCUUGGUUUCGCCCUACACGCCAUGUGGCCCAACAAGGUCAACGACAUCGUCGAAGACGACGAGGACCAGGCCUCCGCCACGUCCGCGGACUUCAAGGAGAGAGGCAACUGGGAAAUGUACGGCAUGAAGUCCCCCGCCAGCGCGUACGCCUCGCCCUUCACGCCCAGGACGCAGGCGUUCCACACGCUCGACCGCCAGCUGCCGUUGCGUCAGCAGCAUGACGUGCGCAGGUACGCGUGA